CAACCCGACCCUUGGAGGUAGGACGGGCACGGCUGAGCCCGGAACUCCCGCCUUGGUCUGCAGAAGCCGAGGGAACAAAGGGGAACAGAGCUGAGCGCGACGGGGACCGCGUGGGAACCCUCCUCGAGCCGAAAUCCGUGUUCUCGGAGGCUCGCGCCCCUGGACAGCAGUUGCUCACUCGGAUGCAGCAGGUCGGUAACAGCUUCCCCACCAAGAACCGGGUGGCGUCCAGGCGGCCCAGCGUGGCCCUAGCUGAACGGAACCAGGUGGCCACGCUGCCGGUGAGGCUGCUCCAGGACGAUCCGGCAGCUGCGCAGGGAAACCACCAUGCCGAAGACAGUUUCCAAGUGAAGAUGGACGCCCAUGGCUUCACCCCCGAGGAGCUGGUGGUGAAAGUGGACGGCCAACGCCUGAUGGUGACCGGCCAGCGGCAAAUGGAGGCCAGCGACCCAAAAAGGGGCAGUUACCGCAUGUCGCAGAAGGUGCACCGGCAAAUGCGCCUCCCGCCCGACCUGGAUCCCACCGCCAUGUCCUGCUGCCUGACCCCCUCCGGCCAGCUGUGGGUCAGAGGCCAGGGUGGGGUGCUGCCUCUCCCUGAAGCCCCAGCCGGACCGUCCUCCAGACUCCAGAGCCGCGGCUCAAAGGAGGGUUCCAACCUACCCUGACCCAGUAAACAACCCCGGCAGUGUGCAGCAUCCUUAAAAGCCACGGCUCAAAAGAAGGUUCCAACCUACCCUGACCCAGUAAACAACCUCCGCGGU